AACUCCUAGUGCACAAAAAGUUCGAAUGGAAUGUAAACAAUAACAUGCUGAAAACUACUUCCCAUAAAAAAUGCAGUUUUAUUCGGAAGAAACAAACUCUCAUAUUUAUUGCCUUAUUCCUAAAUGUGAUUCUUUUCAUCUAUUUUGCAUUCAUUCAAAGCGCUUUGCCAACAGACGACAAAAACGGACUAAAAUAUCCCGAAAAAAUCGGUAAAAAGUUUAUCAUCGAAGAAAUAACGAUAAUAAUUAGGGAAUUUGAAGAUUUUGAGAAUAGCUUAGAGGAUGACAUCAAACAUUAUCAUCAGAUAUUUGGACAAAAGAUUGACAUUUUAAUUAUUGUGGACAAAAAACCAUAUCCACCCUUAAAACUAAACCUAACUGAAAAUGUAAAGUUAAUGAGUUUAGCUUUCGAUUUGAACAUUCCAUCAGGUUCAGAAAACAUUAUUGCAUACAUUAGAACCAAUACUGUGCUGUUUGUUUCCGAUGGUUGUAGGAUAGCAAGCUUGUCCAAUUUUAAGCUUGUGCUUCAAAAAUUCACUUUUCAAAAUCGAGUGAGGGCAUAUGCAAUACAAACUGGGAGUGCAAAGUUGAGUUGCCCAGGCAUUCAAAUUGAUAUGAAAAGGUGGACUGUUAAGAUUGAAGAUUUCAAAUGGAUUGAAGGACUGUGUGAUUUUAUUGAUGGCGAUCAAGCAAUACUUAUGAAAACAGAUGAUUUAAAAAAAUUAGCCAGUCCAUUCACAAGACCAGUACAAAAAUCAUUGUAUUUUCAAUUUGCUUUAAAGAAAUGGAAAAGUUUAGUAUAUGACAAGCAAGUUUUUUUACCACGACAGGGCUUGCAAGAUUCAAUGAGUCAAUAUCAGCAUAAACAUUUAGAAAAAUCAAGACUUGAAACGACAUAUAAAAAGUUUGGAAUGCAUGAGAUAAUAUAUAAUCGCAAUAAACAUAAUUAUAUUGGAUGUACAAGAGAUACUGAAAGAUGUUUCGGAUCAGUUGUAAAUGAUGUUCCUGAUUAUAUUUACCUAAAUAAAUGGACUCCACCAUGUUGUUUAAAAGCCAUUCGAGAAACUGCCUUACAUGUCUUUCAGACACUAGAAAAAAACUCAGUCAGAUAUUGGUUAGAAGGAGGAAGUCUGUUGGGAGCAGCUAGAAAUGGAGAUAUUAUUCCAUGGGACUAUGAUGUUGAUAUUGGCAUCUACCAAAAUGAUAUUCCCAAAUGUAAAGAAAUACUGAAAGCAAAAGAACAGCAGUAUGUUGAUGAUGGAGGUUUCUUAUGGGAAAAGGGAAUCGAAGGAGAUUUUUUUCGUGUGCAUUAUAGUGAUAUUAACAGGAAUCAUGUUGACAUUUUCCCAUUCUACUCAAAGAAGGGAAUAAUGACUAAAAAUACUUGGUUUAAAACCCACCCUCAAGAUACUGAGUUUCCUGAACAUUAUCUCAAACCUUUAAUAACAAUUCCUUUUAUUGGCAGGAACGUUUCUGCUCCAAAUCAUAUUAAAGAUUUUCUAGAGUUAAAGUUUGGAAAAGGUGUCAUAGAAAAUCCAAAAUAUCCAAACUCAAAACCAGUAUAUUGAUGUAUUGUUUAUCUACUCAUUCAAGACAAUGCUCAGUUUGUAAUCGAGAUUUUUUUUAAUUUAAAUGUGAGAAACAUAAACUAUGCAUUGUACAUGUUGUACAAUACGUAUGAAACUUAAUAUACAUGUAUAUUUUAAUUUAUAGCCACAAAACGACAAUACUGUCAAUACCAUAACACAUAGUACAUGUACACACAUUAUUAAAGACAAGUCAAAGACAAAAUAUGCUUAGUCUCUCUUAAAUUUAUUCUCAACUUUUUCGACUCCUGCAAUUUAUAGCCUGGCAUAUUGCUGUAUAGUAUACUCAUAGAGUAGGCAUUUGUCUGUUGUUGAAAACUACAAGUGGCAGAUUCCAUAAAGAAAAGAAAAUUUCCGUCAAAAAGAACAAAUUAAUAAAAAUAAUACUAACUGUUAUUUGAAUGAUAAUAUGUGAAUGUUUUAUUGAAUAGUAAUGUUAAAUAAAGCAAGAAAACCAAUUAUUGGA